GAUUUUUUUCCCCUCUAGUUUGCCCCAUUUGACAUUCUUGCAUUUCCAAACCAGGGGUUUAGUGCCUGCACUGCAUUUGAUAUGAGUAAGGGGGUUCUUGGUGUCUGCAAUGACUUCAACAAAGAAGAAGGGGUUCUUGGUUAGCUUCUCCGCCUGAUCCAAAUUAGUUCUGCAGAAAGAUUCGAGAUUUGGGUACCGGAAUUUUGUUGAUUGGCAAAGAGGCCGGAGGUGGUAAGCAGAUGGGUGCGGUGACAAGGGCCAAGAAGCGGAGGCUGGAUGAAGAGUCCAGCAACCCAGAACUGGCACCUCGAGGAGGAGAAGACCUGAUAAGCCGUCUCCCGGAUGAUAUCCUCAUCGGCAUCAUCACCAUCCUCCCUGGCAAAGAUGCUGCCCGCACACAGAUGCUCUCGUUGCAGUGGCGCCCUCUCUGGCGCUCUGCACCUCUCAAUCUCGAGGCCAGGGUCAAUGGCGGUACAGUGGGAAAGGCUGUGGCCACCAUCUGCUAACCCACAAGGGCCCUGUCCGUCGAUUCUCCCUCAGUUGGAGCUAUGACUCGGAUCCCCCAGGUUCGAAAUCCUCCAGGAGUUUGAACUGUUCUAUAAUAAUAAUUGCUCUCAAAAUCAUCCAGUUCCACGGUCUGUACUCCGUCUAUCUCAUACUCUCCGAGUUCUCAGCAUUCGGUCAGUGUGUGACAGACUUCAGUUUCCCAUGGAGACUGCUUGCAUGCUCAAUUUCCCACACCUCAAGGAGCUCGCCCUAUCCACUGUCGACAUCGCGGAUAGCACUAUCCAUUGUCUUCUUUCACAAUGCCCUGUCUUGGAGAGCUUUGUGCUGGAUGACACUAGAGGCUGUCGUCGUCUCCGGAUCUGCUCCUUGAGCCUUCAGAGCCUUGGUGUGCAAGAUACUUAUUUCUCUGUAGAGGGAAAGCUGGAGGAAGUAAUUAUCGAGAAUGCCCCACUCCUAGAAAGGCUUACCCCACGAAUUAUACGGCACGAAGGAUUUGUUAUUCGGGUUAUUCAGGCUCCGAAACUGAAAACAUUGGGCUAUCUAAGCGAUAAGAUCUCCACACUUGAGCUUGGAACCAUGGUUUUCCAGAAACUGGUGCCUGUUAGUUUGUCCAAUGUGAUGCGUGCUAUGAAGAUUUUAGCCCUUAGCACCGCUCCUAAUCUGGAUGUUGUUGUUGACUUCUUAAAAUGCUUUCCGUGCAUGGAGAAGCUAUACAUCGUGGCAAUCAAACAAGGAAACUUCAAGAAUGUACGGCGAUAUGUUUCACUUGAGUGCCUUGAUCUACAUCUCAAGAUGGUGGAAUUUAUUAACUAUCAAGGAGACUUGACAGAUUUGAACUUCAUCAAGUUCUUCGUAUUAAAUGCUCGAGUGCUAGAAUGUAUAAAGUUUGUAUCCCGUCGUGACAAAUGUGACGCAAAAUGGAUUCAAAAACAACAUCAGAGGCUACAACUUUAUUCCAGAGCUUCACGGGGUGUUACACUUGAUUUUCAAGCUGAUUAUGGGGCAUCUAGUUUGGUACACAUGAAGCACAUCUGUGAUUUGACUAAAGAUGAUCCCUUUGAUAGAUCAUUUUGUAGAUGCCGUGAUGAGGAAAUAUGAAUUCCUUUGAAGCUGUUUAUUAGUCUUAUGCAUUGGUGCAUGGACAUAUUGAUGUUGCUAGGCGGAAAGGACUACUGUGCUGCUAUGUUGACAACCAAGUGCAAUUUUGAAUUCUGAUAGACCCAAUAUGUACGUCUUUUGGAUAGUUCACUACGGAUUUAAGUUAUGUCAUUAAUGCACUCUAUUUAUAAAUUGUGUUUGUGUUUUUGUCUCAUAUCCUGUGGCCAUGAUAGGACUCGUGUUUUAAUAUUACGGGGAAUAACUACAUAAUGAUCCGUAGUGGGAAAAGUAUAAGUUGCUUGUUUGCACAAUUUUAGUUUAUGAGUUUGAAUAUGGGUUAGUGCUUUAAACCCUAUCGGUUCAAUGAAAACUGUAACCUGCUUGGUAUGGAUCAAGCAGUAUGAUGAAUGUUUACUGUUCUAACUUGCAUUUUUUUUAUUCUCCUACAUUUCCUAACCUGCAUUUUGGAUCAUGAUUGCGUAGCGUAUUAGGAGUUUCCUAAUAUUAAAUUGCAAAGCCUAUAAGCAGGCCAAUUUAUCUUGGUUCAGCUCAAUUUAUCUGCAAAUUGUAUCACAUAUCAAUACAUGACCAUGGUGUGCAAGCCCAGCUGACAUGUGCAGCUACCUUGAAUCCGUGAUCUGAUAUGAUGCUGGCGUUCGUCUUAGAAAUCGUCCUGCAGGAGGCAGAGGCAGAGACAGACACAGAGAAGGAUCAGAUUUGUAGCAGUGAAGACUGAAGAACUACACAUAGGCAAAGAGAGAAUGUUUGGCUUUGAAACCGCUUGCUGCAAAAGCAGAGAAAAAGAUCAGAUUUGGUAGAAGUAGUGAAGAACUGCGGAUGCAAAGGGUGAGCAAAUUGUUGAACAAGUAUGGACCCGAUUGAUGGCUUAAAGGUGAGAUCAGCGGCCCAAAGCAUAUUCAUUCAGGCUGCUAAACACACAGAUGAGAAGGCGUCGUGGGGCUGGCCACGGGCCUGCACAAGGACGGGUCGGCGUACCCACUGGUGGUGACCGUGCUGCCCGACGUCCACAGUUGAGCUGCGUGCUCAAGCGUCGAGGUUUACACUCAGCUUAUGUGUAAUUUUGUCGUCGGUUAUGCCAUUGUGGGGGUUGUUUCGAUUUGACAGUGUCAGAGUGGAUUUGUUUGGAAAAAAAGGUUUAGGGAGCCAGUUCAAUUCUGGCCCAAAUUUCAAGGAUUUAUUUUUCAAAACUACCAGAUCCAAGUUAGCCAUGAGUAGUGUACUUGUAAUCGUUUGGCUGAAUACCUGUAAUUGUCUCCAUGAGUAAAGUACUUGCCGGAUAUAUUUACAGAGGA